AUGGACCGACGUGAAUCACUGGGUUUACAUCUAACGGGUCUUGUACUUCUCGCAUAUACAGCAUUAUCCAAUCAGAGCUAUUUUCAUUUUAUACUCUUCAUUGUUUCACUUUACUUAAAUGCUGCAUUUGCAUUCCGACAAAUAUUCACACUUUCCAGAAAUAGUAUUACUUUAGCAAUUAUUUACUUAGUAUUACAUUUAUUUCUGCUACUUAUUGCACAAAUCACAUAUGUGCAAAUGCAUUUAAACGCAGCUACCAAAAGUUAUAACUUUUUUGUUUUAGAAUCUUGGGACUAUCCUACUUUUUUUGUUCACGAAGUCUUGACAGUGAAUGCGAAAAAUAUUCCUGGAAUGUAUAUUCAGGAGUUAUCACGGAAAUAUGUUUGGCGAGUUUACUUUUGUGGGCAAGGAGUUUGGCAAAUAUCGUUGCCUUCAACGGAAUACACAGCAGAAAUAGAAAAUCAUUCGAUUGGUUCUCAGAAUUCAUAUCUUCUAACACCAGUUGCAAUAAUUUUAUGGGUUCUUCUGUUUCCGUCUUGGCUAAACUUUCUCUGGAUUCUCGCGUCUUGGUUCCUGUUUUCACUAAUCGGAGAAAGAAAACAUCGAUUGCUUACAGCGCCUUUCAUCUUAAUAUUUGCAUCUGGUUUACUUAUAACCCAGUACAUUUCUGGUUUGGCAAACUUUCAAGGAAGCACUUUUGAAAAAUUAGGAUUACAUUCCGCAAGUGGAUCAGCUGCUUUUUAUCCUUUAUUAAUAAAGAAACAUCCCAUGUAUCCUUACCGUUUUACUUUUAUAUUAGAUAUUUGGUACACAUACUUUAUGAUUCUCGUAAUACCUUUUUAUUUGAUGCGUUAUUUGGACGGUAGAUAUUUAGAAAUGCCAGGAAAUAUUCCAGAUGAACCCAUAUCAUUAGUACGAAGGUUAUCUGUUACAGCGGUUUCUUUGGAAAGAACUAAUCGUAUAUUAUACGUCUGUUUAUAUUAUAUGUAUGUCUUGUUAUAUGACGACUGGCCAUCCUUAUCACCGGAUCAGUGGUUAUCUCCUGUUGUUUGGGCUCUAACAUCUGCUCUGUGGUUGCCUUUUAUCUUUAUCUUCAUCUUAAUAUUUGUGCACAUAAAAAGGCUUGAUACAUGUGUAGGCAUUGUUCGGAAACCAAACUCUUUAUUAUCUCGUGCAUUAGCAGCAAGCUAUGAUACUGUAAUAGCAGUAUCACUGUGUGCUUUUGCGAGCUAUGAAUUAUCUGUUACUGGAAUCGUGCUCAUAAUGCUAUCAAUUGUGAUUUUCAUCUCAAAGGGACGGAAAUGUACAAUUGUAUGCUCUGCAGCUGCUCUGUUAUUGUCAUUGCAAUGGUUGAUAUCGUUUAUGACGUAUGCCUUUCGCUUACCUAACUAUUCGUAUCCCCAAAAUUGUACAUCGAGUCCCAAAAUCAUUAUAGAUCAUAACACAGCGAAAUGGCUUGGAUUCAGUUUAAAUGAGAUGUGGACAGUUGUAAUAUUGCUACUUAUAAUAUCAAUGCGUACCGCGUUUUCCAGUGAAUGUUCAAAAUGGUUGGUUGAAGUGCAGAGAUCUGAUGCUGAACAAGAUGUGGCAUCUCUUGUUAAAUUCCUUUUUAAAAACUGGAUGUAUAAAUUCGGUGUUGAAGUUUGUUCAGUCUUUGGAAUAGUCCUUGCAUGUCAUCACCACGACAUGUUUGGACUAUAUUUCUUGGUAAUGGUUUCCUUAUUACGUAUAUCCACAAGACGGCGGCAGAAACUUUUUUGGACUUUUUAUGCCAACCUGUCGUUGAUAGUUUUGAUAAUAGAAUAUAUGUCCGCGCUCGGCCUUCCUCAACAGUUUUCUCACUGCCUUGACUAUCCUUGGAAUCACUGGAGUCCCGAAGUGAAGAAAUUUCUAGUUAUACCGUUCAGAAUGUCAUCAUCUCCUAUGAUUGUUGCUGAUUAUAUUUUUCUUCUACUAAUUUUGGUGCAGAAAUAUGUAUUUGAUAGAGAGAGCAAUUAUUCUGAAGAUAACAAUAUUCCAUUAUCGGAGAUUAAUUUCAAUCAACCUAUUCCAGCAAUGUAUAAUGAUUUUAUAUCAACUAAGGGGAAUCUUUUAGCUUAUGUGCAUACGGCAGUUUUUCUGUAUUCUCAUUGGGUUUCAAUGAUAAUCAUUCUUCUGUGCAGCAUUGAAGGCGCUUCAGUACUCAAUUUUGGUUACACCGUUGCAGUGUUUUUAUUUAUGUGGAAGGGCACUUCCUUAUACGCUUGUCGUUCAUUCAAAAGUGUUCUUAUGUGUUGGAAUUGUCUCGUCUACUACAAUAUUUUCCUUCUUGUUGUCAAAGUUCUGUAUCUGGAUGCAUCUUGUGGGUUUGGUUUCACUUUUCCUUGCUGGCUAGAGCGAAUUCUCGGACUCCGCUGUGUUAGUAAUAAAUGUUUCAGUCAUCAUGAAACGACAAGUUUGAUUUAUGACAUGAUAUGCUUCGCUGUUUUAACAUACCAAAUGCGUGUGUUCAAUUCGUGGUAUUUCCAGUUCGUUAUUAUCGAUUACAGAGCUGAUCGCAUUCUUGGCACCAGAGGAGCUGAACUGCUACUAGAAUUGAAAGAACGAGAAGCACAGAAAAACUUGCGUCUAGUUCAAAGCAAUGUGAGAUGGCUACAAAAAAUGGUUGAAGAGGAAGAUAAACAAACACCAAGUUCAGUUGGACCUCCGCCUCGAUCUCACGAAGAAAUUAAAAGAUCUGGUUAUUAUCACCAAGUGAGUGAACGUUUCUUUCCGUUGCCAAAUACAAGUGUUGAUUUUGAUCGAGAACAGAGGUUGUAUCACGUUCAGCAAUUUGAAGAAUCUUUGUUUGAAAAUAUUGACAGUGCCACUAUGGUGGAAAAGACUGUGGAGGUACUUGAUAGUAUAAGAGUGACUGCGAUGCAUAUUUUCCAACUUUUGAAUAACCCAGAAUGGUUAUAUCAAAUAUCUAAAGGAGACGCGUAUGUGGCUCAUGUUUUGGAUAGUGAUAAAAAACGGAUCAAAGCUAUUUUGAAAGAUCGAUUACGUGUUGCGGAUACAGCAGAUAAACUGCAAGCGCUGCAUGGAGAGCUUAUGCUUCGAGAAGAUUUUCAAUCAGUUGCUUCUUCAGAAGUACUUUGGAACGAAGCACUGAAUGAAUAUCUUUCUAUACAUUCAGCCUUUAAAUUUCUUUAUUGCUUUUCACAUGCUAUUAUGGCUCAAUCAGAGCUUAUCUGUUUUUUAUUCAUGCUCAUCGUUCAUCUUUCGAAAUCGUCGUUGAUAACGUUUCCUUUGCCACUAAUGGUAUUUUUCUGGGGUGUGCUUGCUAUUCCUCGUCCACCAAAAUCUUUCUGGGUCAUAACGGCAUUCUAUAUCCAGUCCAUCAUUGUUUUUCGAUUACUGUUUUGUAAUGAGUUGGUUUUUGUACCAGGGGAGGAAGAACAUGCUCCAAAUAAUAAUCCUUUCAGUAUUCGAAGAUUAUUAGCACUGGAUCCAAGUAUUAGCGGAUCAUAUUGGGAUGUUGCUUUGCUUGCGAUGGUUUUCUUACAUCGUUACAAAUUACUUAGACUUGGCAUGUGGCUUGAUGAUUUUCAAGUACAAGAGCGACACAUGGGGUUACACGAAGAGUAUGAGCAGGAACAAAGUGAUGAAAAUGAGUCAUCAUCUUGUGAAAUGUUUUGUAAAGCUCUGUUGAUGAAGAAGAACCAAUCAACUAUGGAUUGGUAUCCGUGGAUGGUAGGAUGUGAUGCAUUGUGCUUAGUUCUUAUAUCCUUUUUUUAUUCUAUGAUGGGUCAAGGAGGUUCAGGAAAUGUUCUUUUGGAUGUACAGGUUUCACGACUGCCGCGGUGGUUUGCUUAUACUUUGAUUUGUGUGUUUGUUUUUAUGAUCAUUGAUCGAUGGCUUUAUCUCUCGAAACAAAUUAAAUUCCGUUUCAUAUACUACAUAUGUCUCGUUGUUUUGCUACAUAUAGUGAUUUUUUUUUUCGUGCCCUCAAUCACAGGUCGUAUGGUGACGUGGAAUGGGGUAGCAAUUUCCUUGUACCUUAUUAAAAGUGCUUAUUUGUUAAUGAGUGCGUGGCAUAUGCGGAAUGGCUAUCCAUCCGUAAUGAAUUGUGACAUAUUAAGUAAAGGUUUUGGGAUUUUCCGACUAAUAAUAUUAAAAAUAUAUCUUAACAUACCAUUUCUUUUCGAACUACGAGCCGCUAUGGAUUGGACGUUCACUUCGACAGCUCUUACCAUGGGAGAUUUUAUUCGUAUGGAAAACUACUACAAUGAAGUAGAAGCACAACACUGCUGGAUCCAAUUCGAUCAUUGGAUUGACAAUUAUUUUCCUACACGAAAAGGUCGGCCGACGCCAACAUCUGGAAAAUUUUUUAAGGGUGUACUGUCAGUAACUAUAUUAAUAAUUAUUAUAUUAGCACCUAUAUUGCUUUUUGCAUUUUUAAACAGUUUCGGAACAAGAGCCCCACCAAAACGUUUGCAUGUCGUUGCGUCGAUAGAAGGUUAUCCAGCACUGUAUUCAACCGAUACAGUAUUUAGCGAUAAAGCAAGUUCGCAUUUCUCAGAACGAAACAUGCAUGCGUUGAUUGAGGAAUUGACUAGUCUAGAAGAAAGUGAUAUUAAACGUAGUGCAUUGUCUUUCAUCUCAGAUUAUACGUCGAAGGAUAUAUUCUUGAUUAAUUUGACAUCAGAUUCGCUUCAAAAUUGGGUUAUUUCAUUACCAGGGAAAGAGAAAUUGUUGAAGGAACUACAGUCUUCAAAGUCAACUCGAAUAGUUUUCGAAAUGUCUCUAAUGCGGCCGGUUGGGUCUACAUUGCGAUCACAUAAUUUUUUCCUCGCAACACUACUAACUCCAAUGCAGUCCAAGAUAUUUUUCGAUUUGAUCAGUGCAAAUAAGACUUCUGCCAAAUUGAAUUUCCCAGUUGCUCAAUUCUUAUUUGCCCCGCCUAACGGUCAUUUACAACCAGCUUCUGCUGUUAAUUUGGCUUUAAAGCGAUGGAACUCUGUAAGCACAUGGCAGUAUCAUGGGGAAUACUGGAGUGUCACAUGGGAACAACAGAUUGUGAUAUUUGUGGAUCGAAUCAUGCCAUCUUGGAUGAGCAUAAUUGUUGGUUCUGGUGGAAUGGUUGCUAUGUACGUUGCCGUUAUCUUAGUUGUUGGUCGAUUUGUUCGCGAAAUCGUACGAACGCCAGUACAUAAUGCUAUGAUUGAGAACAUUCCAAACUGUGAAAACCUUUUGCGUCUGUUCCAUGAUAUUUAUGUAGUACGAGAAAAGCGGCUUUUUUAUCUAGAAUCUCGUUUAUACGGAAAACUUGUAUUUCUUAUGCGGUCACCAGAAACUCUAAUACGUUGGUCUCGAUAUCGUGUGAAAGUGAAAGAUGAAUGAAA